AUGUCCGAUAAAGACAUCCUUGUCAUCAUUCCAAGUUCCUCAUUCAAUUCGGGCAGCAACAUCUCAAAUGACCCGAUGGAAACGUGGGCCCACGCAUCUAAUAAAGAGAUCGAAAGUCAGCCACUAGGCCUUCCUGACGACUGGAGGCCGCCGUCCCACCCCUUCGCUCGCUUUUGCUUCACUCAACUUUGCUUGGUCAUUCUCGGAAAACCAGAUCUUGAGGAAUUGUGGCAGGAUGUGAACCAUAAGGCAGGCUGGUAUAAGGUCAUGGGCAAAGCAAUGGAACACAGGGGAUGCUGGUGUCAACAUUCCACGUACGUGGAGAGCUUCGACCUCUGUACCUUCCGUUCUGUCCUCGUGUUUUUGGCAUGCUUCUUGAUACUAUGUGCUAAUAACAACCCCGAAGCUCCGAUUGGGGUCUCGGGACUGUUGUGCUUCCUGGAGAUAUAUUGCCGAUUUUCGCUCACCCUGACUAUCAGUGACAUGAAGAUAGAAGAUAUUUGGGCCCAUAAACGGCGCAAGAGGGUGAUUUUGAAUUGGCUCGCUAUAUCCCGCUUGGCGGACCUUUAUCUCGCUCUGUCUUGGGCUUUCUUGGUGAGCUGUGUCUUUGGGCUUUUGCUAGGAGUGAAACCGGAGAAGUGCUGGAUGCUUCUUGCGGGGGCUUGCAUGCUCACCAAAUUUUUGAACGCUGUUUUCAAGAGGAACAUGCGAGCGAUGAUCCAGAGGGGUUGA